GAUCCACGACUGCAGAAAACACACGGAGCUGUUAUCUUCUGUGAUCUGAGGAGGAGAGAUGGAGAAGACGGCAAUCAUCUUGUCAGCUUUUCUCCCAGUUAUAUUGUGCUGUGAUUGCAGUCAUAGUGUAGACAAACCGUUCGACUGUUCUGACAUCUACAAAUCAGGACAAAAUCUGAGUGGGAUUUACUCCAUCUAUCCAGCCGGAGACUUUCCAGUCUGGGUUUACUGUCAGAUGGUCUCAGAAGGGAAAGAUGAAGACAAAGGAGGAUGGACGGUGAUUCAGAGGAGGAUGGACGGCAGUGUGAAUUUCUAUCGGCCGUGGAGAGACUACAAGAGAGGAUUCGGGAAAGUGGAGGGAGAAUACUGGCUGGGGUUGGAGAACCUCUACCAGCUGACACGGCACAAGAAGUUCAUGCUGAGAGUGGAUCUGGAGGACUUUGAAGGAAGGAGAGGUUUCGCUCAGUACUCGUCCUUCUCUGUGGGUUGUGAAUGUGAAGGAUAUAAACUGCAGGUUUCUGGAUUCACUGAUGGAGGAGCAGGUGAUUGUUUAUCUGGCCAUAAUGACCUGAAAUUCUCCACCUUUGACAAAGACCAGGACACUCAUGAAAAGAGCUGCGCCAAAGAGUAUCUCGGGGGAUUUUGGUAUGGAUCCUGUCAUAAUACAAACCCCAACGGUGUGUAUUUAUGGGGAGAAGAUCCCACUCAUUACGCCAUUGGUGUCUGCUGGUCAACCUGGAAGAAUUAUGCAGUCAGUAUGAAAACCUUCAGCAUGAAGAUCAAACGCGUGUCUUAGAAAAAUACUGUGCAUCUAAAGGAGAACGUCAGACUUUUCACCUCGGUUUGGAAUAUUUUAAGUUAUGUGUGAUGAUGAUGAUGAUGAUGAUGAUGCUGCAGUUGGUGUCCUGCAUCAGAACUUUUCUUUGAUUACAGUGUUUCCUCACACAGUGAAUGCAGACACUGAGAUUUACAGGAUUCUGUCCUGACGUCUGAAAAAAUGUUCAGCUUCAGUUCAGUCAUGUUGUGCCUACAAUGAAAACACAAUACUGUAUCUAUGCUACAAACGCAGAUAUUUGAAGACUGUAAGCUGGUGAAGUGUGCUGUGGUUUCCACAAGGAGGCGCCAUACACACGGUGUCCUGGUGUUAAAUGUGUGUUCUGUAGACAGCGGAGAAGCCAAAGCUGAGAGACAGUUUGCUACUUGGGACUUUUCUAGAGCCUUUGUGUGGGAUGCUUUUGAGCCUCCCUGUCAUUUGUCAUCGCUUACAUAAACUAUUCAUAAUAAAUAAAUAAAUGGAUUUUUCAUAAUGUACUAUAAAGACAAGUCGAGCUCUCUUGUCAUUCACUAUGUGUGGACAUACAGUGCAAUGAAAUACAUGUCUCGCAGGACCAUGGUGUGACAUAAUUAAACAUAAUCAUAAAUAUAUGCACGUAUCAUGUCUGAGACCCCCAACAAACUGCUUGUGAAAG